CUACCUGGUUGCAUGCUUUGAUCGCAAAAAUGGCUACAUCCCAAACUCAAAAGCUCAGUAGGGAGGACUUUAAAAGACAGAAGGUUAUUGAGGAACAGCGUAAGGCUGGUACCCUACCUGCCGAAGUCGACCCAGAAACCGGCCGUGACAUCAAUCCCCACAUUCCGCACUACAUCUCCCAAGCACCAUGGUAUCUUGAUAUCAACCAUCCAACACUCAAGCACCAACGGUACCAACCGAAACAAGAGGGAUCCAUUAAUGACUGGUACUCACGGGGGGCACGACAAGGACCUGCAGCAACCAAAUAUCGAAAAGGCGCCUGCGAGAAUUGCGGCGCCAUAACGCAUAAAACAAAGGAUUGUGUGGAGAGGCCGCGAAGGACGGGUGCAAAAUGGAGUGGAAGGGAUAUUCAUGCUGAUGAGGUUAUUCAGGAGGUGUCUCUUGGGUUUGAGGCCAAGCGGGAUCGGUGGAAUGGUUACGAUGCGGAGGAACAUAUACGUUUGGCUGAGGAGUGGGAAUUGGUUGAAGAGGAAAGGCGGAAGCUUAGGGAACAGCAAGUAAAAGAGAAGGAACGGUUGGAAGCUGAGGGAAAUGUUCCAGAGCAGCCAAAGGUGGAAGCGACUGUCGCGAACGACAAAGCGGCAGAUUCAUCCACCAAAGCCGGGUUGGCAGCUGCUGGGGACAGUGAUGACUCUGACGAAGACGAAGAUAAAUACGCUGACCGAGCCGACAUGCCUGGCCAAAAACUUGACACCAAGACACGCACAACGGUCCGCAAUCUUCGUAUUCGAGAGGACACGGCAAAGUACCUUCUCAAUCUUGAUGUAAAUUCCGCAUACUACGACCCGAAAACUCGCUCCAUGCGCGAUAAUCCUCUCAAAGAUAAGGAUCCCUCUGAACUUACCUACGCUGGUGACAAUUUUCUCCGAUGGACUGGCGAUGCACCCAAAUUGGGUCAUUUGCAGGCGUUUGCAUGGGAAGCUGAAGGCCGCGGCAAAAAUGUUCACAUGCAAGCCAAUCCCACGCAAGCCGCCCUCCUUUAUAAACAGUACCAAGAAAAGAAGGGGACCGUUUCGGAAACCCUCAAAUCAUCCAUUCUGGACCGCUACGGCGGAGCCGAACACUUGGCGGCACCACCCAAAGAACUCCUGUUGGCCCAAACAGAGCAAUAUGUAGAGUACUCCCAAACUGGACGCGUCAUUAAAGGCCAAGAACGAGCGGCAGUCAAAUCCAAAUACGAGGAGGAUUAUCAUCCUCUCAAUCAUACCUCCGUUUGGGGCUCCUGGUGGAAGGAUGGACAGUGGGGAUAUGCUUGUUGUCACAAUAUGACGCGAAAUGCGUAUUGUACUGGUCAAGCUGGUAUUGAGGCUGCUGAAGCAUCCAGUAAGCUCAUAACAGCAGAGGAACCGGUACAAGAGAAACAACCGCAGAGUUUAUUGGAACAAUAUGUCCUCCGCGCCGCUAAAGAAGGGGGACCCACCGAACGAACACAAACCAUUAAACCACGCUCUGAGCGAUUGGGUGAAGGUGAGAUCAAAUUGGAUCCAAAGAAGCUGAAACAAGCUGUGGCAGAGGAGCGAAAACGGAAGAUUCUGGAGGAAGAAGAAGAUGAUAGGAAGAGCAAAGGGAAGAAGAACAAGUACGGGAGUUCGAAAGGGGGUAUGGAUGUUACGGAGGAGGAGCUGGAAGCUUAUAGAUUGAGUAGGACCAUGGGGGAGGAUCCUAUGGCAAAUUAUGUCGAUAAGGAAGAGGAUUGAUGUGGUUUGAAGUAAUAAUAUAAAGUGAACAACCAGA